CACAAAGCUUGUUUUACGCACACAUCAGCUGCCGACAAGCAAGCUUGACACUCCUUUCUAAACUACCUGCUACACGUUCGCAUAGCCUCGCUUCGUCUGAAACAUGUCGUCUUCUACCCUUCGCGCUGAGGCUCCCGAGUUCUACCCCAGCUACAUGUACGCGGCCACCGAGUACUACGAGGCUGGCUCGGAGGAGGGCAUUACGGAGGAGGACCUCGAGGAGCUGGAAGCGCUCGAGGCCUGGGUCGAGCAGAUGGCUGCCCUUGACGAGAUGGAGCGCGAGCACCUGAUUGCGACGGCACUCUCGGAGGCAGAGCCGUCCCAGAUCCUCGAGGCUGAGAUGCGCGCUAUGACGCACGAGGAGCAGGAGGCGGCGGCGGCCAGCAAGCGGAAGGGCGACGCCCGCCAUCGCCACCACCACAAGCACUAGACGGCUAAGUUGGUCGUGCUGGUAGCUUAGUUGCGCAUGGCCGGCCACCAAUGUGGGCGCAGAACUGCGCGCGGCUUAGGUUGCAGCGUGACCCCAUUGCACAUGACUCGGGGAUCACAGCUUGCAGGCUGGUAUGAUAGGCUCUUGUUGAUUUGCUGCAUUCACGCAUAUUGCGGAUACGCACGCGCUGCUGCUUACCGAGCUCACUGUACGAUACCUACCUACUGCUUUUGUCUUGGCGUCGUAGCACGCAUCAACCAACAUGAAAAAAACCCAAAAAUAGAAUGAUUGCUCGAGAGAAGUGAUGCUGGAUGCAUGGCGUCGGGUGCUGUUGUAGGUUGAUAGUGGUCUCGUCACAAGUUUUGCAGUGGCUAUGCAGUGACACAAACCCCCACUUCAGUUGGGCGGUAGUCUGGGUUUGCAUACCAAUUGUGAGCGGGAAAAAAGUUUGAAUUGUGUCAACGUCAGGGCGGGGGACACGUGGUGCACGCGCACAGUAUUCAUCUAAUUGUGUGCAAGAACGCCCGUCCUCCACCGCAACCUACUGCUGUGAAUGGAUACGUGCUGUUGCGAUAGGUGUCAGCAGACGGUUUGGGCUUAGCUGAUUGUGCGGCCCGCCGGUGCAUAACAAAGUCACGGCAGGGAGGCUGCUGUGCAGGUUGAUCUCUUGCUAGCACAAUCCCAAAUUGAGAAGAAGGCACGCAGUGCUGUUCGACGCGCAAGUGCAGGCUUGCACGCAGAGCUGGUGAGGUGCACAUGUAACUCAUUGUGUCUGCUACCGUCAGGGUCUCCCCUGGUUACCGUAACAAUAAGAAACAUCGUCGCUCUAUGGGAUGUUCGCGUGAGUCAACUCGAGGUGGACAGUCAUCUAGCGCCGGUGGCGCCUUGGUCCAGCAUGCAGUACUACAGGCGGUCCGUUCCCGGGUUCGCGGGUCACUCCCCUGCUGACGGGUUUGUCAGUUGUUCGUCCCUUUCCCCGAAGGUCACUGCUGUGUGUGAAUUUGUGAUGCACGGUUUCCGGAGUCGGUAGGUUGAUUGCAGUAAUGGUUGAGUGGCACGUACGUGUAAUUUCUUGUGCGGACGACGACCAGGCUUGCUGCUGCGUGUACGGGUCAACUUGUCUUCCUUCUUCUUGUUACUGCCCAUGUAUGGUGGGGGGCUAGCUACCUUAUGUUACUUUUGAGCCUGCGGCUCGGCACCACAGCUGCGGCAGCCGCAGAGGAGGUCAGCGAUCUUGCUACCAAGGAACCCGCCCACCCGCCGUGCGUGCUGGAUGGCUGCUGCGUGUCUGCUGAUGUGCGUGAGGGACAUUGGCUUUCUCGAUCGGCGCGCAUAGGGCAGCACAAGGUCACAUAGCACGCGCCGCGUGUGAGAUCCCGUUCACCAGCAUUGAGAUUGAAUGUUUCCUGCAAGAAAAAGCCUCGCC